UUCCGGCCGAGCUUGCCCCGCGCCUCUGCGAAGCCGGAAGUGUGAGGCGCGCCUGUUAGUGCCUGGGGUGAAGGGUCGGACAGCCGAGCCAGAGCGCCUGGUCCCUGGUCACAGAUCGGUGCAGCGCGGGUGGCGGCCUCGGCCUUUGACACGGAGCGAAGGCUUGUUGCUGAUACAGGCAACUUCGAACCAGUGCAAUGGCGACUCCAGUCAAUGGGGCCCACGAGAAUGCUGACCUGCGGUCCUCACAUGAUAAAAUGAUGGCACAGCCCCUUAAAGACAGCGACACUGAGGUUUAUAACAUCAUUAAGAAGGAGAGUAACCGGCAGAGGGUCGGAUUGGAGCUGAUCGCGUCCGAGAACUUUGCCAGCCGAGCCGUUUUAGAGGCCCUGGGCUCUUGCUUAAAUAACAAGUACUCUGAGGGGUACCCAGGCCAGAGGUAUUACGGCGGGACUGAGUUUAUCGAUGAACUGGAGCUCCUCUGUCAGAAGCGAGCGCUGCAGCUCUAUGAUCUGGACCCCCAGUGCUGGGGGGUCAACGUCCAGCCCUACUCAGGCUCCCCUGCAAACUUCGCAGUGUACACCGCCCUGGUGGAGCCCCAUGGGCGCAUCAUGGGCCUGGACCUGCCCGAUGGGGGCCACUUGACCCAUGGGUUCAUGACAGACAAGAAGAAAAUCUCCGCUACAUCCAUCUUUUUUGAAUCUAUGCCCUAUAAGGUGAACCCCGAGACUGGCUACAUCAACUACGACCAGCUGGAGGAAAAUGCUCGCCUCUUCCACCCAAAGCUCAUUAUCGCAGGAACCAGCUGCUACUCCCGAAACCUGGACUACGCUCGAUUGCGGAAGAUUGCAGAUGACAAUGGGGCGUAUCUCAUGGCCGACAUGGCACACAUCAGUGGGCUGGUGGCGGCUGGUGUGGUGCCCUCCCCCUUCGAGCACUGCCACGUGGUGUCCACCACCACCCACAAAACCCUGCGAGGCUGCCGGGCUGGCAUGAUCUUCUACAGGAGAGGAGUGCGCAGUGUGGAUCCCAAGACUGGCAAAGAGAGCCUGUACAACCUAGAGUCACUCAUCAACUCCGCCGUGUUCCCAGGCCUCCAGGGAGGUCCCCACAACCACGCCAUCGCUGGGGUUGCUGUGGCCCUGAAGCAAGCCAUGACUCCGGAAUUCAGACUCUAUCAGCGCCAGGUGGUGGCCAACUGCAGGGCUCUGGCUGAGAGCUUGAUGGCGCUGGGCUACACAGUAGUAACAGGUGGUUCUGACAACCAUUUGAUCCUCGUGGAUCUCCGUUCCAAAGGCACAGAUGGUGGCAGGGCUGAGAAGGUGCUAGAAGCCUGUUCUAUUGCCUGCAACAAGAACACCUGCCCAGGUGACAGAAGUGCACUGCGGCCCAGCGGACUGCGACUGGGGACCCCAGCACUGACCUCGCGCGGGCUUUUGGAAAAAGAGUUCCAAAAAGUAGCCCAGUUUAUUCAUAGAGGGAUAGAACUGACUCUGCAGAUUCAGAAUGAUGUGGGCAUCAAGGCCACCCUGAAGGAGUUCAAGGAGAAACUGGCAGGGGACGAGAAGCACCAAAGGGCUGUCAGGGCUCUGAGGGAGGAGGUGGAGAGCUUCGCCUCUCUCUUCCCUCUGCCCGGCCUGCCUGACUUCUAGAGGAGCCCACGGUCGCACCUGCCCCCACACCAGAGCACCGGGCCUGCCCAGGAGCCACCUGCUCAAGGACCCAGUGCCCUUCUGAGGAGAAAGAGCUGCCCCACACGGGACCUCACCGACUUCUUUGUGCCUCUUAGAUUUCUUUUUGGACUCUCAUUACAUUAUGUUCUUGACAAAUCAAAAUUUGUUUAAGGACCAUUGUUAGUAAUUCUGGAAAAAGUUCUUAAGGAAUUUAAAUUUGAACCUCACUAUCCCACAGCUAUAAAUAGUUAUUCUGGAAAAAUGAAAUACUAUCUAGCAUUUAGCCUUAAUUCAUUUAGACAAUUGAGUAGGCCAGAGCUAUUGGAAAGAUUCCAGGAAUUUUACUCACCCUUCUCUUAGUUACUGGGCUUCCUCCUGACUCGCUGCAACAAAUAAGAAACACUCAAGUUCAUGGCUCAUAAAAGCUGCCCAUUCUUAAUAUGUUAUUACCUGGCAGGAUGCCAAAGGAGAACUGAAUUGUGAUGGUUACAAUUGAAGAGAGAAAUCCUCCUGAAGUUUCUGCUGUGUGCUUUCAAUAAGAAUUGUAAGUUAGUCAAGUCCACGCCGGGUGCCACCAGAGUUUGUUGGCAGCUCAGUACACUGUGGAAAUGGUCUCCGUCACCUACCCCCCUAGGCAGGUGGGGGAGCCUGGGGCACCUAGUCCCGUCCUGGUGUGAGCACCAGCCCGGGCCCUUCCUGCUCUGCCUGAGACAACCACCUCCCUCAUGUAGUCAGGAAACCAAAUGUCACCUUCCCAGAGAAACUUUAUUUUUCACAAAGCUGAAGUGCAAAACAUGGAUGACCAUUUUUAAUAAGCAGAAUCAAGUUUUUAACCACAGAAUGUCUACAAGAAUUAUAGCUUUAAAAAAUACAACCAGUUUUUAUAUUUCAAAAAUAUUACAACUCAAAUAAAUUAAUUUCUUAAAAAGUA